UCUUUGCUGAACUGACUGUCAGCUGACGCUAGCAAGCAGUAGUGUCUCGGUCUAAUUAAUCCGCGCUAGGCCUGUCAGAGUGAGUUAUUGAUGAGAGGUUGAUGCAUAUUGGCUUUCAAUGGUUUUAUCUGGCUGACCAGUCGUUCAACAACACCAUCUUGCUUGCUAGUAACGGUAGAAUUAGACUGCUUUUUGUGUUGCUCUGAUUUGUGUUGGUGUUGUUGACAAAUAAUGGCAUGUUUCUCACUGCUAACGGUUAGCUACCGUUAAUGCUAACCUAGCCAGCUAGCUUCUUUAGCUGUCUAUCCUGUUCAUUGACUCUGACUUUCCAUUUUAUUUUUCGUUAACGUUAAUUGUUUGGUUUGCUAACUGUAGCUAGUCAAGAUAAUGGUUUUUGAUUUAGACUAGUUAGUUAACUAUUUCGCUCUAAUUUACCUCGACGAUGCUAUGCGGGUUACGAUAGCUAAGGACAUGUUGACGACCAUAAAAAAAAAAUCACUUCAGACAGUAGCUAAGCUUUUCACUGAAAUGUUUGACUUAGAAUUAAAUAACUGGAGGUUUACUUGACUAAUGAUAUUAGAAGACGUUAAGCUAGAGAGAGGGUGGUUUAAAUGGCAAGAAUUAGAAUUGAGCCAGGUAAUGGACUUCAGUCAGCAGAGUCCAUCAAAAGUUUGCGGGGCACCAGAGAAAGCCUGGCACUGACAGAUGAAGGCAACUCUUUCGGCUCGGACUCAGAACUAAAUGGCUAUACCAGCGAGAGACAGACGGAUAAAUAUGGAUUUAUUGGGGGUGCACAACAAUAUUCAGAACAAUCAGCUGAAGACAUCCCUCCUGAAGUGCUGAGACAGAGAGAGGCCAAAUGGCUGGACAUGCUCAACAACUGGGACAAAUGGAUGGCCAAGAGACACAAGAAGAUGAAGCUGCGCUGUCAGAAGGGCAUCCCCCCCUCGCUGCGAGGCCGGGCGUGGCUCUACCUGUCAGGAGGAAAGGUGAAGAGGGAGCAAAACAAGGGCAAGUUCGAGGAGCUGGACAGGCAGGCAGGAGACCCUAAGUGGGUGGAUGUGAUCGAGAAGGACCUCCACAGACAGUUCCCCUUCCAUGAGAUGUUUGUGGCGAGAGGAGGCCAUGGGCAGCAGGACCUGUACCGUGUCCUCAAAGCCUACACACUGCACCGGCCUGAAGAGGGUUACUGCCAAGCUCAAGCUCCCAUCGCUGCUGUGCUGCUAAUGCACAUGCCUGCUGAGGAUGCAUUCUGGGGUCUGGUGCAGAUUUGUGAGAAGUACCUUCCUGGAUACUACAGUGUAGGGCUGGAGGCGAUCCAGCUAGAUGGGGAGAUCCUGUUUGCUUUGCUGAAGCGGGUGUCUCCUCUGGCCCACCGCCACCUGAAGAAGCACAAACUGGACCCCAUCCUGUACAUGACGGAGUGGUUCAUGUGUGCCUUCUCCAGAACCCUGCCCUGGGCCUCUGUGCUACGUGUCUGGGACAUGUUCCUUUGUGAGGGAGUGAAGAUCAUCUUCCGGGUGGGCCUGGUGCUGUUAAAGUGCAUGCUGGGCUCUCAGGACAAGCUGAAGACGUGUCAGGGACAGUACGAGACCAUGGAGCUGCUCAAGACCAUAGACACACGCUACAUGCUGGAAGGAUUCCUAGUGCGGGAGAUUAUAGAGCUGCCGUUGUCAGAGCGGGACGUUGAGAAAGAGCACCUGGCCCAGCUGCGGCGCUGGAAGGAGACCCGGGGUGAGUUGCACUGCAAGUCCCCUCCCAGAAUGCACGGCGCCAAGGCUAUCAUGGCCGCCGAACCACCCAGUCGUCAAGACCUGCGCCAGAACCCCACCAUCAUAGUCGAGUCGUCCCUGGCAACCAAUAAGAAUGUGGAAGGCCAGGAGGAGGACAAGGCGAGGAUAAAGACCAAAGAGCAGAAGAAUGGAAAGAACGGCACCCCGGUGGCAUCCAACCCUGAACCCAGCGACAUUUCUACCAAGCCCACCCCACCCCUCAAAGACGCACCCUUGCAGGGCUCCAAUCAGAGCCUGAUUGGCACAGAACAUGACACCUACCUGUAGCAGAUGGAAAGAGCUUGGACCAGCUGGGGAUUACAAAACCUGUUUACUGCUCACGGACUCCAGAUCUCCAGUAUACCCUUAACCUCUGACCCCUUCCCACUCCCACCUUCUUGACUGACACUUUCCAUUAUAGCCAAAUGCAUCUAUAGCAAAACACUCCAUAAGAAUGGAAGCCUCUGGCGUUGGUGUAUCUUCCAUAUUGCCCUGGGUGCUACAACAAGUGUAGACUGUUGUUUUUUUGCACAUGUAUGGGGGAUGUCAAUUUAAUCAUCAGUUGGCAGAGUGCAGCACUUCGUUCAGGGGACCAUACGGAUAUACAGGCACUUUGGCUGAGGGUAGAUUGUAUAGCCUGCUGCUGAAAUCAAUCACGUCAGUUUAUCUCGAUCUUUUCUUAUUAAAGUAUUUUAGGCUGAUUCAAGAUCAGGUGACAUAACUAUGAAGUCUGUUUAGCCAGGAGUCCUGGCCCUGUCCCAGCUGAUCCUGGGUCAUUACUGGAUGCUUGAGCACUACGCCUGUUUGUCUGUCACUUAAUAUGUACUGUAGUAUAAGACACUACAUUGCCAACACACACCAAUCCUGCAUUGUUAGAUUAACAGGAAAUGUAAAUAGUUAAAUUGUAAGCACAAUAGAAUAUGGUUUGAAUACCGUAGGUUGCCAACAUAUUGUAUAAAGAUAAACGCUAUUGUCAUUCACUCAUUGGUGUCCUUUUCUCUCUGGUUGAUGUUGAACACUAGAGGGCUCUGUUGGUCCAUUGUUCAGCCCUGACCAAUGAAGGACUUGAACGACAGGCUCAAGGGGAAACCAAUCAUCUGUAUCAUUUAUAGUUUCUAAUGAAGUUAAUUAACAUUUGCUGGACAAUUCCUGUCGCUAGACCAACAAUUUGAUGGUUUACCAUGUUUGUGUUGUAAGAGCCAUGUUGUCUAAAUCAUUCCUUUAGUGUGUAUGAUUCUGUGCAGGGCUCCAGGGAACAGAGUCCGUGUGUAGUUAUGUAGUGGGAGAAUGCCAAACGAUGGAACGCUCAUGUCAUACUCAGCCAUGUUGAUUCUGCUUUGUCGAUAAAAUGUGCUUACGUAUACUCGUUUUAUUAGAUCUGUGCAUAAUUGCUUUAUAUGUGAUCUUCAAUAUUACGCACGGGUGUGUUAGUCAAAUAUUUGCCUUUAGAUUAGAACUGCAGAAGUUAUUUUCUGAAGGGACUGUUUUAUAUGAAGUAAAAUAAAAAUAAAUAAAAAUAUUGAACUUAUGUAUGGUAAAAGGAUGAUUUCUGUAAAUUGACAUGGAUUUUCACACUUGCACAUAGUUUAGAACUUCACAUACUAUAGAUUUAUAUUUGUUUAAGAUGAAGCGCUUUGUCCCUGGUCAAGUCCUUUAAGAAUAAAAUGUACAUUUUGUUUGUCUUCUG